GGACAUAAACAACAUGGAGGACAUCGAUGGAAGUUGACUUCCUCAGACACAUUAGAGAUAUCGUUGUGAUCUAAAUUCACUCCAAUUAAAGUUUUUAAUCAAGGUAGAAAGAAAUUGAAAAGCAAGAUGUCUCGAGCUCAAGCAGAAAGUGUCAUUAAAAACAUCAUAAGGGAAAUUGCACAAGAAUGCGCUAGCAAAGGCCAGGCUGUGUCGGAAACUCUUGUUGCAUUCAUGGUGAAAGCUGUUGUGUUGGAGCCGUCAAAUGAAUUUAAUGUUGAUCGAACAUUAACAAAGGAUGAUGUACAGAAACUUAUCAAGUUAUGUGUGGAACGGCUUAUGGACUCAAGGUCCCCUGCCCUUGAUACAGUUAAAAUGCAGGUGUACUUUGACAUGAACUACACAACAAGAUCUGACUUCUUGGAGGAACACAGACGAGUCUUGGAAUCACGUCUACAGCCCGUUAUCCGUGAGAUCACAGACAGCAGGGCGAGGACUCGUGAGGAGUUGGAGAGCCUGUACAGAAAAAUAGUGUCAGCUGUCCUGCUUCGAUCUGGUCUAGGAAGUCCUACAGAUAUAGCCGUGGUCAGGGAAGCAACAGCGGCCCUCCAGAGUGUGUUUCCUCAGACAGAACUUGGCACGUUUAUGUCGCUCACCAAACGAGACAAGGAAAGACAACUUUUGGAGCUCACCAUGAUUGUCACUGGCAUCCGACUGUUCAACAAGGAAUGUGGCAAGGGAGGCGAGGGAAUAGAUGAUUUACCAGCCAUUUUGAAUGAGGCUGUGCCAGCCACGACACAGAACGUUGACUCAGAGGUUCAGUCUACACUGAGAUGUGCUGCAAAUUACACAGCGUUGAUAGAGAAGAUGCAGAAUAGUGACAACCAAGAAGGUCCUUCAACACAGCUUGUUAAGGACUCCCUCAUCAACACUCGACAACACGAGGCCUUCCUCAGAGUGAUCUUAAAUGAUGUGAUCAGCUGUGCCCAGCAGGUGGAGCAGCUAGAACAACAGCUGGCCACAAGGAUGGAGCAGCUUCAGGCCACUGUUCAGUCUAAAACAGCUGUCCCUACAGCCCAGGUCUAUCCCCAGUUUAUCCAUCUGUCCCAGCUGUGGAGCUGUUUCCAGGAUGAAAUGGUCCUUCUCAGUGUCCUUAGUAACAUCCUCGCCAGCCUAGAGCCAUUCUCAAGGGGACACAGAGAACUGUUCAGUGAUGAGGUUUUAGCCCCUUUCCUGGAGGGGGCAGUUAUCAAGACUGACGACCAGCGAUUACAAGAGACAAGUGGACCUGAUAAUCGUAUUAACCCUAAAGAACUGAAAGAUUUUGACUGGCUCUAUCCAGAAACAACGAAAAACUUCAACAAAUUGCCCAUUCAAUAUAGGAGUUUCUGUGCAUGGGCGUUAGGGAACUUCGACCGUUUGUUGAUACCCAGUAAUCCUGAGAUAGGAGUACUGCGAUAUAAAGACCACUACUAUGCAUUCUCGUCAAAACAGGCAGCAUAUGAGUUUACACAAAAUCCAGACGGGUAUAUACGUCUGGUAGCGGAAGGAGCCAAAAAGAGUCCGGAAUUGAUACAACUUUUAGAACUUCAUACACAAUUUGCCUCUAUCACACCAUACUCACAGGGUAAAGACCAGGGUCGCAUGAUUGAAAAGCCAGUGACGAAGUGUGACAGCGGCACACAGACAGAUACACAUCUCCUUGAGGCCAAUAUCGUGAAGUCAUACGAGUGGAAUGAGUGGGAGCUACGAAGGAAGGCCAUCAAACUAGCUAACUUACGAACACGAAUAACACAUUCAGUACAAACCAACCUCAGCAACAUGAGACGAGACACAGCCAUUCAAGUCUGGCCACCAAAAGAAAACACGACUCAGACAAAGACCGAUGCCUACACCAAUGUGCCACGCCCCCAGGUAUUCCUGGCAGGCCUAAGGGGAGGCGGCAUGACAACCUCCACAGAGAUGAAGAAAGUCGACCUCACAAUCGACGUCGACCAGACGUAACCCAGCAAAGGGGGACCACUCUUGUACAUGUCUGGAGAGAACUCCUCACCAGAACAUUCCCUGGACUUUCUCUGUGAUAAUGGAUUUCUACAGUGAAUAUUUAUGUGAUAAAACUGACUUAAAUUCUAUGUGCUGAACUAAAUAUGUAUAAUAAGCAAAUAAUAUUGAAUAAAUGUUUAUGAUAAAUUCU